AGCAAGAUGAUGGCCCACUUGCCACAAGAGAUCUCCAGCAGGUGUAGCACUACCAACACCAUGGAACCCCACUCCUGGAGACAGCAGGAUGGAGAAGAGAAGAUGCCCCUCCAGGCAGAAGACAUCCGUCCUGAAAUAAAAGAUGAUCUGUAUGACCCCACCUACCAGGAUGAGGAGGGGCCCCCGCCCAAGCUGGAGUAUGUCUGGAAGAACAUCAUCUUCAUGGCCCUGCUGCAUGUGGGAGCUUUGUAUGGGAUCACACUGGUUCCCUCCUGCAAGGUCUACACCUGGCUCUUGGGAGUAUUCUACAAUGUGGUUGCCGGUUUGGGCAUCACAGCCGGAGCUCAUCGCCUGUGGAGCCACCGAACCUAUAAAGCAAGGCUACCCCUACGCAUCUUCCUCAUCAUGGCCAACACCAUGGCGUUCCAGCCUCAGUGUGUGAUCUCCCCACGCAGGUACUAUAAGCUAGCUGUCACGCUCAUUUUCAUCAUCCUGCCCACAUUGGUACCCUGGUACUUGUGGGGUGAGACUUUUCGACAUAGCUUAUGCGUCGCGAAUUUCCUGCGGUAUGCUGUGCUUCUAAACUUCACUUGGCUGGUGAACAGUGCGGCCCACCUCUACGGAUACCGGCCCUAUGACAAGGGCAUUGGCGCCCGAGAGAAUCCCCUCGUUUCAAUGGCAUCUUUUGGCGAGGGCUUCCACAACUACCACCACGCCUUCCCCUACGACUACUCUGUCAGUGAGUACCGCUGGCACAUCAACUUCACCACGUUCUUCAUCGACUGCAUGGCUGCCCUGGGCCUGGCUUAUGACAGGAAGAAAGUAUCUAAGGCCGUUGUCUUAGCCCGGAUUAAGAGAACUGGAGAUGGGAGUCACAAGAGUAGCUGAGUGUGGGGUCAUCUGGGUCUCUGUUCCAUAAACCAAUGGGGCCAACAUUUAAUUUUCUGUUAACUACUGAAUAA